AAUGACCUUAUUCAAAUCAGACGCCUGUGUAGUAGACGUGCACACUCAUGUGUACCUACCAGAAUACCUUGAGCUUCUCCGCCAUCGUAACACUGUCCCCUUUGUUCUCCCUCCUCUCAAGAAAGGUGAAGACGAGCGUCUUAUUAUCUUACCUGGUGAAGACAAGGAUCACUCUACUCAAAACGGAAGACCGGUUGGUGCAGCAUACUAUGACGUCCGUGAGAAAAUCAAGUUUAUGGACCUCCACGGCAUCGAUUUGUCGGUUGUAAGUUUGGCAAACCCAUGGUUGGACUUCCUGCCACCCACUCAAACUACCCUGGAUUUGGCUACCAGAAUGAAUGUUGAAAUGGAAGAGAUGUGUUUGGAUAAGGCAGCAGCUGGUCGUCUUUAUGGUUUUGGUACCUUGCCUGUAACCUCUGUGGAAGGAUCAAUCAAGGAAGUAGAGCGUAUUGCCAAGCUUCCUCAUCUUAGAGGUGUUAUUAUGGGCACAGCUGGCUGUGGAAAGGGUCUAGAUGAUCCAGAGCUUAUCCCUCUCUUUGAGGCUAUUGCACGCCAUCAGUUGGUAAUCUUUUUGCACCCUCAUUACGGUGUUUCGCUUCCUACCUCCGCAAACACUGAAGUCGGCCACUCACUGGCAUUAGCUCUUGGAUUUCCGUUUGAAACCACAUAUGCUGUAUCUCGCUUGAUUCUCUCUGGAAUUUUUGACCGUCUUCCUGACCUCAGACUUCUCUUGGCUCAUUCUGGUGGAACUCUUCCCUUCCUUGCUGGCCGUCUUGAUUCUUGCGUUAUUCACGAUCCUUUGGUAGCCUCGCGUCUGCAGCAUCCCCCCUCAUACUAUCUCAAAAGACUCUACUACGAUGCCGUAAUUUACCAUGAAACUGGUGUUAAAGCAACUGUUGAUUUUGCAGAUCCAAAAAACAUCAUGUUCGGCACAGAUCACCCAUUUUUCCCUCCGCUUGAAAACCAGAAUGGAGGUCCAGAACGAUGGAUGUCAGUUGACAGCAACCUUGCUGCCAUUACUGAUUCUGGUCUUGACAAAACCGUUGUACAGGGUAUCUUGGGAGAGAAUGCUCUAAAACUACUUAACCUCAGC